AUGGAGCCUCCUGCUACACCAAUCAUUGCCAAGAAACUGAGCAACAUGGUACGUCUGAUUUUGUUCACAUUACAAAAGGGCGUGUCCAAAAAGAAGCUGAUGAUGAUGAAGGAGCAUGGAAAGAUCUUAGGCAAGUCCUUCAAUGAUUUCAUGGUUCGCCACCACACGGCGCUCAGCUGCAAGUCACAUGACGUGCACGUAUCCUUCGUGUACCCCCUCGAGUACGAGUUCAGCUGCAAAAGCAGCAUCCCACCUUAUAGAUCAUCCUACACUCCUCCCUGCCACGACAGCGGGCACAAUAAGGGCCGUUACGUUAGGCAGCGUUCGCGGAGGAGCGUUUACGUGCCGAUGAUGUGUGAGAAUGUAUUGGCGACGGUUAACACCGGCAGGAAAGUGAGCUUUCGCGGCAGUGAUGUGGUGGAACCACUGCCGAUGGUGAGGCGGGUGAGGAUAACGGAGUGGGAGCCGUUGUUCCCGUUGAAUAUUGAUGAGGAGGAGGAGGAGGAAGAUUAUCACGUGGACAAAGCAGCACAGGAAUUUAUUGACAAGUUUUAUAGGGAGUUAAUGUUGCAAAAAUGGAGGGCCGUAGAUUCCUCCCACCGAUCUUAA